UUAGAGAAGAAACGACGGGUAUAUGACCAGUAUGGAAAAGAAGGUUUGUUGGGUGACCGAGGACAUCAUCGUUCAUCAAGAUAUAAUGCACACGAUUUCGAUGAAUUUGAUGUCAUCGGUGGUUUUCCAUUUGUCUUCCGCCCUCCUGAAGAAGUUUUCCGAGAAUUUUUCGGAGGACAUUCACCAUUUGCCGAUUUGUUUAGAGAUGUUCACAGUUAUCAACAACCAGGUACGCGACGUUCAAAUGGUACCUCUGGUGGUAGUAGUCGUUCUCACCAUCAUGGAGGAACUACAAAAUUGUCCUCCCCUUACGGUUCACCUAUGCUCAAUUAUGCAAUGAUGGAUUUCCUAAUGCCCUCCAAUGGAUUUACCUCUUUCUCCAGCUUCAGCAGUAUGUCAAGUGGAGCUGGAGGCCGGUCAGGUGGUGCUGGCACAAAUGGCGCCGUUAAGCGAACUUCGACAUCAACAACAUUUGUCAAUGGCAAAAAGUUAAUGACUAAACGGGUCUAUGAAAAUGGCAAGGAAACUGUAUUUUCAUAUGAAAAUGAUGUCCUGAAAUCAAAGACUGUGAACGGAGUUGCGCAAACACUCUCUUCAAUUAAACACUAAGUGCCACGUGCACCACAA